AACAGCAAUCUUCGUCUUUAUAAAUGAAAAACAAAGGUGAAUUCAGGAGGAAAAAGUUGAAGAAAGAAUGAGAAAUGAGUUUGUUUCUUGCAGCUUCCUCCUCCUGCUUUUCGUUUCGCUUGCUACUGGAAAUGUAGCAGCGUCUCAUAUGGAUGAUGAUGAUGGUGUUCUUCUACUCCCCCGGCAAAAAGAAGAUGGUCAUCCAUCAUCCCAUAUGGGCAUGCACAUGGCCAUGGGCAUGGACAAAGAUGAUAUCCUAAACCCAGCGGCCAAAGUGUUCGCCACCAUAAAGGAUAUUGUGGUCGGGAAGACGAUGCCCAUCUAUUUCCCCUGCAUAGAAAACCCAACCACUUAUCAGUUCCUCCCUGACCAAAAAACCCACCACAUCCCUUUAUCGUCGGAGCACCUACCGGAGCUGCUCCGAUUCUUCUCCUUCUCACUGGAUUCUCACCAAGCCUUGGCAAUGAAACAAACACUGAAGAUCUGUGAGAUGGAAGCUCCAAAAGGAGAGGCACAAGGCUGCGUUACAUCUUUAGAAUCGCUGGUUGAUUUUGCAGAAAGUAUCUUCGGACCAGAUUCACAAGUCGGAGUUGUACGAUCAUCUUUGAUAUCAAAAUCGACUCCUGUUCUUCAGAACUAUACUGUUGUCGAAUUCAAAGAGAUUUCAACUGGAAAGCUCAUAGCAUGCCACAAUGAACCCUAUCCGUAUGCAGUUUACUAUUGUCAUUUCCAAUGGGGCACUGUGAACAAAGUAUUCAUGGUUUCCCUCGUCGGUGAGAACGGUGAUGAGUUGAAUGCGGUGUUCCUUUGUCACAUGGAUACAUCUUCGUGGAGCACCGGUCAUAUCGGAUUCCGCCUUCUGGGGCUUAUGCCGGGGGAGUCUGAGAUCUGCCACUUCUUCCCGGCGUAUGACAUGGUUGUGGUUCCUUAGUAGUACUAAAUUGAUGGUUGUCACUGUUGUUUUGGACGUUACGAGGCGAUGCAUUUUGCGAUGUCGUAAUAACUUUGAAAAACGUUAUGAUACAAUCAUUACAUUGUA